GUCGACACACGCGAAAGAUGACGAAAGAAUUUAGGGGAUUCGUCCCGACAGAUUUGUCUCUCGACGAUUCAUCCAUCGCGACAUUGGUAUCGCGGUAACGCAAUCCCACCGUACGUAUUCUCUAGACCGUUGGUGACUUUUCGCCGUCCGAGGGUGCUCCGUCUCGUUCAGUCUCAUUUCACUUUGCGUUACCGGCAAACCAUUGUUAAACUGGCUACGUAAUACGCGUUUAUUACUGGGCCGGAUUUCUUUAUUACGGUAGAUGCUACUGUAAGGACUUGGCACGAAACAGGACAACCCCAAAAUGCAGCAGCAGUCAGUAAUGGAAGAGGGAACGGCCUACGAGCCACCUACUUACGAUGAGACAUUCCCUGUCCUCCCCGAAUCGGCUAGCUCCAGUUCUGGUCAAUUAAACAUAUUUUCUAUAAACAACAACUUACAACUUGGACGUAUAAAUAUUACCCAGAUGUUCCGUGUACCAGGAGAAGAGCGCAAAUUUGAUCAUAGUGAUAAAUUUGGGGAACGUGAAUCUAUUCGUACAUGUAAAACUAUUAUGAAGGAGACAAACACUAUUAUUGAGAUUGCAUCUUCUAAGGACCAGUCUCUGACGUUUCUUAUAACUGGAAAGCAAAAUCAAGUUCUAGAAGCUAAACGACGCAUUCUAACAACAUUUCAAACUCAGGCAAGUAAGCAGAUCAUUAUUCCUAAGGAUCAUCAUCGUUGGAUUCUUGGAAAACAAGGGCAGAGGCUGAAAGAUUUGGAGCAGAAAACUGCUACAAAGAUUAAUGUCCCUGGUAUGCAAGAUCAAUCAGACAUAAUAACAAUUACAGGAACAAAAGAAGGGAUUGAAAAAGCUGAACAUGAAAUUAGAGUUAUUUCUGAUGAACAGUCUAGGAAAGCUUUUGAAAGAAUCACUGUGCCAAAAAUAUAUCACCCAUUCAUAUAUGGUGCACACAAUGAAAAUCUCAAUGCCAUGAUGGCAGAAACUGGUGCUCGCAUCAAUAUCCCUCCUGCAUCGGUGCAACAAGAUGAAAUUACCAUAGCUGGUGAGAAAGAAGGAGUCUUAGCUGCAAAACAGAAGAUUGAGGCCAUUUAUAAGGACAUGGAAAAAAGAUGUACCACGGUAUCUGUAGAAGUUCCCAAGUCUCAGCACAAGUAUGUAAUUGGACCUCGUGGUAGUACCAUAGCAGAGAUACUGCAAACGACCGGAGUGAGCGUAGAGAUGCCUGCGCCUGACUCAGCAACUGGUACAAUAACUCUUAGAGGACCCCAAGAAAAACUUGGUCAAGCUCUUAACAAAGUGUAUGAAAAGGCAAACAGUGUUCGUACUGCUGUAGUAGAAGCUCCGGUUUGGAUACAUAAAUAUAUCAUUGGACGUAAGGGGGUGAACAUCAAGAGAAUUACUCAAGAGAUGCCAAAGGUAAAUGUAGAGUUUACAGGCAAGGAAGACAAAAUUAAGAUAGAAGGACCACCUGAGGAAGUAGAGAAAGCACAGAAUGAGCUGCAGCUUAUGGCUAGCGAUCUUAUAGCCAAGCUUACUUUCACAGAAUUGAAUGUCGAUCCAAGAUUUUACAAGCAUAUCAUUGGAAAAAACGGUUGCAACGUCAACCGUGUUAAGGAAGGAACAGGUGUCGUGAUUAAUAUUUCUGAGAAUGAUGGCAGUAAUGUUAUUCGCAUUGAAGGCAAUCUUGCUGGUGUAUUAAAAGCUCAAACAGAACUUGUAGAGAUGGUGAAAAAACUCGAAAAUGAGAAGGAAAAGGACGUGAUUAUAGAUCACAGAUAUUACCGUAACAUAAUCGGUAACAAGGGAGAUAAUAUUAAAGAGAUUAGAGAUAAAUUUAAUCAAGUACAAAUUACCAUACCUGGACCUGGUGAAAAGGGGGAUAUAGUAAAAAUCCGAGGACCCAAGGAAGACGUUGACAAGUGCCAUAAACAUCUAAUGAAGCUGGUGAAAGAGCUGAACGAAAGCAAUCAUGUGCUGGAAGUACCUAUUUUUAAACAAUUCCAUAAGUUUGUUAUUGGAAAAGGUGGUGUCAACAUCCGUAAGAUUAGGGAAGAAACUCAAACGAAGAUCGACUUGCCCGCCGAAGGUGAUAAGAGCGAUGUUAUAAUCAUCACUGGCAAAAAGGAGAAUGUAGAGAAGGCUAAAGAAAUGAUACAAAAGAUCCAAAAUGAAUUGGCCAACAUUGUUACCGAUGAGAUCACUAUUCCACCAAAGUUUUACAACUCACUCAUUGGCACUGGGGGUAAACUCAUACAUUCUAUCAUGGAGGACUGCGGAGGUGUUACCAUCAAAUUCCCUACAGCGGAAAGUAAAAGCGAUAAGGUUAGCAUCAGAGGCCCAAAAGAUGAUGUAGAGAAGGCAAAAUUGCAACUUAUGGAACUGACCAAUGAAAAGCAAUUGUCCAGUUUCUCAGCUGAAGUCCGUGCCAAAGUUCAACACCACAAAUUCCUUAUUGGAAAGAAUGGUGCCAAUAUUAAGAAGAUAAGGGAGUCCACAGGCGCGCGAAUUAUCUUCCCGACAGAGGAAGAUCAAGAUAAAGAAGUGAUUACAAUUAUGGGCAAGAAGGAAGCAGUGGAGAAGGCUAAAGCCGAGUUAGAAGCUACCAUCAAGGAGAUUGACAACAUUACCGAGGGUGAAAUCCGCAUCGAUCCCAAGCAUCACAGACAUUUCGUAGCGCGAAGGGGUGGUGUCCUGCAUCGAAUCGCCGAUGAAUGCGGCGGCGUGCAGAUUUCGUUUCCGCGGGCUGGUGUCGAUAGCGAUCGUGUCAUCUUGAAAGGCUCGCACGAGUGCAUAGAAGCUGCGAAACAACGAAUGCGAGAAAUUGUCCAGGAAUUGGAAUCAAUGGUGACGGUGGAGUGCAUAAUACCUCAGAAACACCAUCGCACAGUGAUGGGCGCCAAGGGCCGCAAAGUGCAGAGUAUAACAUCCGAGUACGACGUACAAGUGAAGUUCCCUGAUCGCGAUGUGUACGACGAGCAAAAGAUACCGGAACAAAUUAACGGUGAGAACAGGGAAGCUGGAGAGACUGUCCCAGCCUGCGAUAUAAUUCGCAUCACUGGGCAACCGGAGAACGUUGCCGCUGCCAAGCAAGCUUUGCUCGAUCUCGUGCCCGUUACGAUUCAAGUAGACGUACCGUUUGAUUUCCACCGCUCAAUAAUCGGGCAAAAGGGUAAAGACGUGCGGGAGCUGAUGAAUACGUACGAUGUGCACAUUAUGCUCUCUCCGGCGGAAGAGAAGCUGGAUUAUAUCAAGAUCUCCGGAACGCCAUCAUGUGUCCAAAACGCUAAGGAAGCUAUCCUUGAGAAGUGUGAGGCACUGAAGGCCGAGCGACAGGAUCGAGCGUUAAAGUCGUUCGAACUGAAGCUCGAAGUUGAUCCGGAGUAUCACCCGAAGAUAAUCGGCCGAAAGGGGACCGUGAUUAGUAAGAUACGGAGUGAUCACGACGUCCAGAUUAACUUCCCGCGCAAGGGCGAGCCCGAGGAGCAUAUCAUCACGAUAACAGGAUACGAGAAGAAUGCGUACAGCGCGCGAGACGAUAUCAUGAAAAUUGUUAACGAACUGAAUGGUUUGACGAAGGACGAAGUGCACAUAAACGCCGCCGUGCACUCGCGAUUGAUCGGGGCGAAGGGUAGGAACAUCCGCAAGAUAAUGGACGAAUUUAAAGUGGACAUAAAGUUCCCGAGGAAGACCGAUGCCGAUCCGAACAUCGUGACGAUCGUAGGAGCGGAGGAGAAUGUGGCUGAUGCCAGGGAUCGUCUGCUGAAUCUCGAGGAGGAGUAUAUGCAAGACGUGGUGGAGAACGAGUACCGCGAAAGCUUGCUGCCGCCUCAGCGCAACGACGGCAUCGUCGGCGGCGGCGAGAACGACGCCGGCUUCAUAGUGAAGGGAGGACCGUGGGAGCAGCAGCAGCAGCAGCAGCAGCAGCAGCCUCAAAGCGCACCGAACACAGCUAGCGUGGAGGAAUUCCCUCAGUUUGCCGGUUACUCCCACGUACCUGUCGCCACUCCGGACGGUCCGUGGGGAGUUAAGCGUUAAAAUGUAGAUCUAUUAAAUCCGUUAGAGAAAGUCGAUGGAACGAAUCGAUGGUUAAACUAACGAUAUAAGAUAACUUUCCUCUGACAAACGAUAUAUAAAACAUUACAUACGUAUACGCAUGUACACAUGUGCACACCGAAUGCACGCAACACACACACAUACACACACACACACAUACUUUCUCUCUUUCUCUUUCGCAUGCAUACACACACAUAUACACAUGUACACAUGACACACGACUCAUACACGCAUAACGCACUUGUGUUGGGUGGUUCCCUGUUCCAUUACUGACGUUGCUGCAUACGACCUGGCCACUCUAUUGGACUCUGACACUGGUUUACUACACAACGUUUGACGAUGAUGUUUAUAUUUACAAUUCAUAAUAUACCGAUGUCCUAUAUAUCUGUAACUGCAAUGCAUGUUCUAAGUUCAUCGCCAUGUCUCUGAGUCCAAUCGCGGUCGCGCGUGUGGUCUCGUGCACUCUCGACUCAACUCGUGGCUUUUAUCUCUGUUGAUAUAUGCCUUCCAGAUACAGAUAUGUUGUACUUAAGACUGUGGCUUCGUGGGAAAUAAUCGGAACGUUUUCUGCAGAAAAGGACCAAACCCGCGAAAGAGGAAACGAAAUAAAGUCAAAUAAAGCCAACCGUAUGUUCUUCGUCGUAAAAUGCAAAUUGAUUCUAUGUUCCCUGUAUUCUCAAUUUGUCUUCUACAAUGAGGGAUGGAUCUACUCCUGCGUUGGUUUCUUUCCUGCAGAAUCCAACCAAUUUAUUCGUGUAUUAUAUAUACUUUCAGAUAAUCUCUGUCCCGCGUAUAGACCGCAAACGGUCGUACGUUUUUUUCGUUGGACUUAGCAUAAUAAUUUGUUAAUUUAUUUAUAUCUUUUUGUACAUAUAUCGCAUUUUCUCGUUGCGUUGUGCCACUAGUGAGGUGGUUUCCAAAACUACAUCACGAUUGUUGAAAUUUGUACUGUAAAAUCUUCGCGAAUCAAAAAAAAAAAGGAUAAGAUGAAGAAGAAGAAAGGAGAGGGGAAAAACAACGUAAAGGCUUUCUAAGGGAGAGUUUGUUCCUAGAGUUUAACGUAAUUUUUUACUACGUUAACUGAUUACUCUACAGACUCACAGCUUGCGUCUCUGAAGAUUUCGCUAGGAUAUGAAUGAGAAAUCUGUCGAUGUGUGUGUAUCAAACGCAUAUUCAUCAUCGAGCGACAGAUCAGCAAUCGAGGAUUGAAACCGAUAUAAUUUCCGUGAGCGAGAGGAAUUUUCGAUACUGGAGACGAGAAAAAAAAUAUGUAUCUCUUAUGUUGCUUGCCGUAAAUUUCCAUUGUCUCGAACAAACACUUUAUAGGAAUCGUACUCUUAACGCGUCUUUAGCGACGUAAUUUGAACUGACCGAAAUUAUACUACUUUUGAUCCUUGCCUGCGAAUCAUCAGUCGGACGUUCGAGGAACGCAAUAUUUAGAAGGCCUUGAUACUCCCGCGCCGCUUAAAAAUCACCAAGCAUAAUACGUAAGAUCGGCACUGUUGCAGAGAAUCGUCAAAUUAUCUCGAUGUUACACGAGUAGCGAACGAUACACGAAUUCCUUUCGAUAGCCGGCUUUAUUUAUUUGUCCUGUUUUACAAUUUCGUAUACAGUUUUGAUGUGCAAAUUCUUACAUUCUACUAUUUAUGAGGCCAACUAGCUAAGAAAAAGAUAUUCAGUUCAAGUGCCUUGUCUAUUUUCUUCGAGACAGCUCAUUUCAAUUGUUGGAGGAAUGUGAAUAAUAGAUUAUACAUAUAAAUAAAUUAUCCGGGAUAUCCGAAAAUUAUCAGUUGAUAUUUUUAGGAUGGAAUCUCCGGCAAGAUUGAA